UCACCGGGUUACCCUAACUGCCUAAAAUGCCCAAUGGAUGACCGGUUGAAUCAUCGCAUGCCAUCCCAUCGCUCGUAGCUGACACUCACCGAGGAGAGGUUUCCAUCGUUACCAUGUAUCAUAAUCUCGCUCCAUUAAAUUCUACUCUCUUUUGGGGAUUUCAUUUCGAAAAAUUUUAUCAACAUCAACUGCAAGGGAAAAAAAAGUUGGAUCCAUCGUGUUGUCCAGUUUGCGGUGUGACUGUGAGGGCACAAGAAUUGGAGCAACAUUUUGUUCACGAAUUAGAUAAACUUUUCAAGUUGACCUCAGUUACGCCUCGCCCUAAACAGUCGAGAUCAGCUCUACCACCGGGUGCUACGGAUCAUCCCCAUUCUUCCCUCUUGCACGCUCCUUCUGCGUCCGACGGCACGCCGCUGGGCAGAUGGGAAACUUUUAAAAGAGUCAAGGCAAAUCGUCAAGGUAGAAUUCGUCUCAAGAAUCGGAAGAGGAAAGCCGACGAUCCAACCUGUCCGGUUUGCAACGAACGACUCUCUGGAACGCCAGAAGAAUUGAAUCAACAUGUUGAGAGAUGUUUAAACAAACACAAUGGCAAUUCCACUGGAUCAAAUGUCAAUGAUGAGGAAGACGUCGAUGUCGAAGGCGAUUCCGAAACAUUCGAGGAAUACGAGUGGGCUGGGCAGAAACGGGUUAGAGCCACUUCUAUGCUCGUCGGCGGAUUUUCUGCUGUCGGUUUAGCGACAUCCUCCAGCAGUCGUAAUUCCGCAAGUGGUCAUCAUGAAGACGAGGACGUGGAUUUAAUUGUGGAUGGAGACGAAACAGCUCAAUUCGGUCCAGCUCAGUAUUCAGAGGCUGACGUAGUAGCACUAAGAGUCGAUGGCGACUCAAGGGAACAAAAGGAGAGAGACGCUCUUCGGGAAGCGGUGAUAUCGCCUAAUGCACCCCCGCACACUCCUCCAGAUCAGUCGCGUAUGCAGAUCGAAGUUAAACCAGAACCUGGUUCAACAACUCCGUCGGGACAACAGAAUGAGGUCGAAGAAAAUUCCUCUUCAGUGACUCCAAAGAAUGAAGUUGAAGCUCCCGUCGUCGAGGCUCUUCGAGGACGAAUCAAGGAACUUGAGGCCGAGAUUCGAGGGCAACCUUACAAGUGUUUGAUCUGCAUGGAACCUUUCAAAAAUCCAGUGACCUCUGUCUGCUGUUGGCACGUCCACUGUGAACAAUGUUGGCUGCACACCUUGGGAGCAAAGAAACUUUGCCCACAGUGCAACAUGAUUACAUCACCGGGAGACUUGCGGCGAAUUUACAUGUGAACCCGGCGAUUUGGUGUCCAGUGAAAAAACUUCUUCUCUGGCCAGUGUCCGUCAACGAAUUUACCCUAAUUCUAAUCUAACUACAAUUCGUCUUGUCUGAUAAAAUGGAUCACGGCCACUUGUAUAUUUGUAUAUUAUGUUAUAAAUUAACGAUUUAAAUACCGUUAUAAAUAUUUAGAGCUAAUAAAUUAACAUCUAGAUCGUUCAAAUAGA